UUUCCCUUUGUUUCUCCGUGUAGUGUAUAGAGAUUUUUGUCUGGAAAUUAUAGAGCUCGAAGCUUCAAGUUCAAGGGAAGUUAUGGCUAGUGAAGAUGAAUCGAUAGAACAAAAAGCUGCUGCUCGUAAAGAGGCACUUAAUGCUCUAAGGGCAGCUCAGGAACUGUCUGAGACCAAGGAGGACGGAGAGGAUGAAGCUGUCGAAGAAGAUGGUCCAGCCAUGAAGUUUAGAAACUAUGUUCCCCAAGCUAAGGAGCUUCAGGAUGGUAAACUUGCCCCACCAGAGUUACCCAAAUUCGAAGAUCCGAUUCUUGCACUUCCACCUGCUGUGGAGAAGAAAGAGGACCCAUUUGUUAACAUCGCUCCAAAGAAGCCGAACUGGGACCUCCGAAGAGAUGUGCAGAAGAAGCUUGAUAAGCUCGAAAGGCGGACUCAAAAGGCAAUGUAUAAACUCAUGGAGGAGCAUGAGAAAGAACGUGAGACGGCUGAAGCUGAUGGUAACACCAUAGAAAGUUGAAACCUGACGACACCAUCAAAGAAACCACCACCGAACAUUAUAUUCUACUCAAUUUUGUAUAACUGUUUAAGCAUUCAAAGUGACUAGACCAUAGGACUUGAUUUCUCCUCGUGUGUAAAACCCUACUGCCAUUGCCAUAGACAUAGUAGGUUUAUGUUCUUGUGUGAAGAAAAAAAAAGUCGCAAUUUAUUCCGAGUAGAAUUAAGUGUGGUCCUUUCUCUUAAAUUUGGUUCGACAUUGGUGUUAAUCUAGUUUGAUCAUUAA